ACUAAUGUCUAGUGAUAUUUUACACUCACUCACUCACACUCUGUUUCGCUUCUCUCUUUCUCCCUCUCUAAACAUGGAGAAUAGUAAACAACCACUUCUCUUCUCUAAAGAAUCAAACACUACUUCUCUCUCUUCUUCCUCCGUCAACGGCGAGAAAGGCGACAUCGAGCCGAUUAGCAGUGCCAAAGAUUUUUUCAGAGAAUUCUGUGCGGAGUCGAAGAAACAGUUGUAUGUGGCCGGUCCGGCCAUCUUCAUCUCCAUUUGCCAGUACUCUCUCAACGCCGUUACUCAACUCUUCGCCGGCCAUCUCGGAACCAUUGAACUCGCCGCCGUCUCUGUCGAACUUUCCGUCAUCGGCGGAUUCCCUUACGGCAUCUUGUUUGGGAUGGGGAGUGCACUCGAGACACUAUGUGGGCAAGCCUUUGGAGUAGGCCAACUAGACAUGCUUGGAAUCUACCUCCAAAGAUCAUGGAUCAUCCUCAACUUCAUGUCUCUACUAAUGCUCUUUCUCUACAUUUUUGCAACUCCAAUUCUAAAUCUCAUUGGCCAAACCUCUGAAAUAUCCGCGGUAGCUGGAGCUUUCUCACUGUGGAUGAUACCGCAACCUUUUGCUCUGGCGAUGAAUUUUCCGCUCGUUAAAUUUCUGCAAUCGCAGAGUAAGUUGGUGCCAAUGGCUAUGAUAGUUGGGGUGACACUAGUUUUGCACACUUUCUUUAGCUGGCUGUUGAUGUUGAAGCUGGAGAUGGGGCUGGUGGGUGCUGCCAUUGUGUUGAAUUUGUCAUGGUGGUUCUUGGUGGUGGCUCAGCUUUUGUAUAUUGUUAGUGGGGCAUGUGGUCAAGCAUGGACUGGAUUUUCUUGGAAAGCUUUCCAAAAUCUUUGGGGGUACUUCAACUUAUCUCUUCAAUCAGCUGUAAUGCCUUGCUUACAAAGCUGGUAUGUUCUGGCGUUGGUUAUGUUCGCUGGUUACUUGAAGAAUCCAGAAGUUUCAGUGGAUGCAAUGUCGGUGAGCACAAACAUAUAUGGUGUGACUUCCAUGGUAGCUGUGGGAUUCAGUACAGCCAUAAGUGUAAGGGUGUCAAAUGAACUGGGGGCAAAACAUCCCGGAACAGCCAACUUCUCGGUGGUGGUGGGUACAAUAUAUUCAUCUUUGUUUGGGCUUGUCAUGGGUCUUAUACUGAUGAUCGACCGAGACCAAUACCCAGACUUGUUCACAGACAGUGAACAAGUAAAACAGCUUGUAUAUGAGCUCACUCCAUUGCUUGGAUUAAGCAUUGUCAUUGGCAGUGUCCAAUCUAGUUUCUCUGCGGUGGCAAUUGGAGCAGGAUGGCAAGCAUGUGUUGCAUAUGUGAACUUGGGGUGCUACUACUUGUUUGGUAUUCCAUUGGGACUUGCUUUGGCUUUCACCUUUGACUUGGGUGUCGCUGGAAUAUGGUAUGGAAUGAUAUCAGGACUAUGCUUACAAACAUGCAUCCUGCUCUGUAUGGUAUACAGAACCAACUGGAAUAAAGAGGCAACCAUUGCUGGAGACAGGAUAAAAGAAUGGGGAGGAAAAAUUGGUGCAAAAGAGAAUGAUGGAGAGAGCACCAAGUAAGAUCAAGAUGUUCACAAACACAAGUCCACAAUUUUUUGGCAAAAAAAUUCAAAUUCAUAAAGAUAUUCAUAUAUUUUCGCUCUAAUUCUAGGCGUUGGAACAUUUUAUGAGUGGUUUGGGAUGAUCUAAAUAAAUACACUUUUUAACUUUUUAUAAAAUAUGGGUUGAGUAUGGGUUGGGUUUUAAGUGAUGUGGUAGAGAGGUCAUGUGACUUAAAUAAGAUGAUGUGACUUAAAUAGGAUAGUGACUUUUUAUUUUUUUAGGUUAUGACAAAUAAGGCUUAAAAUAUUAUUAAUAAAUAAUUUAUUUAUUUA